GAAGAAGGAAAAAAAGAGCUGGGCUCGGCUGCGAGACGUUGAGCGCGGGGCUGACGGGCAUUGGCGGCGAUGGAAGAACUUACGGCGUUCGUCUCGAAGUCUUUUGACCAGAAAGUGAAGGAGAAGAAGGAAGCUAUCACGUACCGGGAGGUGCUGGAGAGCGGGCCGCUGCGCGGGGCCAAGGAGCCGACGGGCUGCGCGGAGCCGGGCCGUGACGACCGCAGCAGUCCCGCAGUCCGGGCGGCCGGCGGAGGCGGCGGCGGAGGAGGAGGCGGAGGCGGAGGCGGAGGAGGUGGAGGAGGUGCAGGAGGAGGAGGAGCGGGCGGAGGAGCUGGAGGAGCGCGCUCUCCCGUCCGGGAGCUGGACAUGGGCGCCGCCGAGAGAAGCAGGGAGCCGGGCAGCCCGCGGCUCACCGAGGGAUCCUCUUCCUCGAAGCCGGGUGAGGAACUGGACAGGAACUCCGGGAGGGGGCAGGAGGAUCCUCCAUCCUUCUGGAGACAUCUGGUAAUGGCAUUUGCUGUGUUAUUUUUGUCUCUGUGUGUGUGUGUGUGUGUGCGCGUGUGUGCUGCUGUGUGCGCGCGUGGACGUAUGUGUGCGGUCCUGUUCGUGGUGCCCCCUCCAGUGUCCCCGGAGCCGAAAGAUCGCAAAGAGGAUGCGAAAGGGAUGGAGGACGAAGGCCAGACCAAAAUCAAGCAGAGGCGAAGUCGGACCAAUUUCACCCUGGAACAACUCAACGAGCUGGAGAGGCUUUUUGACGAGACUCACUACCCGGACGCCUUUAUGCGCGAAGAACUGAGCCAACGGCUGGGGCUCUCCGAGGCCCGAGUGCAGGUUUGGUUUCAAAAUCGAAGAGCUAAAUGUAGAAAACAAGAAAAUCAACUGCAUAAAGGCGUCCUCAUAGGGGCUGCCAGCCAAUUUGAAGCUUGUAGAGUAGCACCGUACGUCAAUGUAGGUGCUUUAAGGAUGCCAUUUCAGCAGGAUAGUCAUUGCAACGUGACGCCCUUGUCCUUUCAGGUUCAGGCGCAGCUGCAGCUGGACAGCGCCGUGGCGCACGCGCACCACCACCUGCACCCGCACCUGGCCGCGCACGCGCCCUACAUGAUGUUCCCCGCGCCGCCCUUCGGACUGCCGCUCGCCACGCUGGCCGCGGACUCAGCUUCUGCCGCCUCCGUCGUGGCUGCCGCAGCUGCCGCCAAGACUACCAGCAAGAACUCCAGCAUCGCGGAUCUCAGACUGAAAGCCAAAAAGCACGCGGCCGCCCUGGGUCUGUGACGCCAACGCCAGCGUCGCGCCUGCAGCACGGCGCGCAGCUUGCACGCUCUCCGAGCCCCGCUGCUUCUCCGUUACCUGCUCCAGACCUCGGGAGCCGAGCCUCUUUCUACCCGCUGAUCGCCCCUUGCCCCAUUCCGCAUCCCGGACUCGGAGGGCGUGACCUGGGAUCCCAAGAGGGGCACCAGCUCCGUGGCUCCUGACCUUUCACCUACCCAAGGGCCUAGAAUUUGGCAUUGUAGGGCUGGGUUUGGGAGGUCUGGAGAGAGACUGGACAAGGGAGUGCUGGGACAGCGGAGUGUGGCUCACGGCAAAACUGCGACGAUGGACUCUUGCGUAAAAAUUAAAAUUCUGUUAAUAAAAAAUGAGGGAAAAAAGUAGAAAAGACAAACCAGAGAUAAAUAGAGAAAGGGAACUUAUUGCUAUUCGUCAGAAGCUGAAAUCGGAGAGAGAACCAAGGAA